AUGUUUUUAGAUAGUGAUGAUAAUGAGAUAAAUAUAAUAACAUUUACUUAUUCUUAUAAAAUAUUUGAUUCUGAUAAUGAUAAAAUAGUAUCACUAGAGAUUUCCUUACCAUUGGAUGAGUAUCAGACAAUUGAUGAGUUAGCAACACAUCUUUGCAUUAGAGAAGCAAUACCAUAUUGUUAUCAUGACGAUGUCCUUCAAAAGAUGACGAAAUUUGUACAAAAUUAUAUUGAAGAAUAUGAAGCAAAGAAAGAUGAUAUAAUUUUAUUUGAAUCAUUAAAAUCGAAUUCUGUUGAUUGGAAUGGUAUUGCUAAAGAAUUAGAUAAAUUUAUUAAAAUUUCCCAAAAUAAUGGUAAAACAAAUGAAGUUACAAAUGAUAAAAUAUCUUUUGAGGAUAGAUUUCAAUUUGUUAUACAACAUGGUUCCAAAGAUCAAUUAUCAAUGGUGAUAAAAAAAGAAGCAAAAAUGGCAGAAGAAAUGGGUAAAUUGAUAAAUGAUCGUGAUAUUGAAGUUGAAGGAUUAAAAAAAAUGUGUGAGGAACAAAUAAAUCAGUAUACUUCAAAUAGUGAUACUUUCAAUACAGAUCCAUAUAUUUUAACACAAUUAAAUGAAAAAUUAAGGAGUGUCAAUGAAAAUUAUGCUCAUCAAGUGGAGGAAUUAAGAGAAAGACAAAAAACAGAAUUUCGUAAUAUGGUAAAAGCGUUAUAUGAAAUAGAUCAAUUACCAGAAAAAUAUGUUGAAGAAUUAUCAUUACUUUCAGUUACAUCACCACGUAAAAUUUCAACAAUUUGUAAUGGUAAUCAAGUAAAAACAUUAGAAAUAUUUACUGUUUACCUUGGAGCACAAUUAAAAUCAACACAUAAUGUACGUAUUAUUUCUUGUGAUAAUCUUAGUGAUUUGUGUACAUUAACUGCUAAAAAUAUUGAAGAUGAUUCCUUUUUUGAUUCACAAAGAUUAAAUACUUUAAUGCAUUUGUAUAGGCGUGGACAAAGUGCCGUUAUGUUACUUGUUGAUAAAGAUCCUUUUUAUCAUAUACAUAAAAGAAGUAAUUUUUUUAAGAUUUGUGAAGCAUCAACAGAGUUACACUUUGAGUGUCUUGAAAAACAACUUGAAGAGGUUAAAGAAAUUAUACAAAAAGUAAAUGUUGGAAGGAAAGAAAGAAAAAAGUUUGCUGAUGAAUAUGAUGAACAAAUUGAAAAUAAUAAAGUUUAUGAUGUUAAUAUGUUAAGAUCUGGUGAUAUUUAUAUGACAAGACAUUCAAAUUUAUCACAAACACAAGUUGUAUUUCAUGUUGUUGCUGAUAACGAUUUGGAAAGUGAUGAUAUUUCAUCUCGUCAUCCUAUAUUAAAUGGUCUUCGUAAUGGAAUUAGAUAUAGUGCCAGAUACGGCAUAACAACAAUAAGUAUUCCUUUACUACUUGUAAAUCAACCUCAAGAAAAUAUGACAAUAACAUGGUGUUUAAAAAGAGCAGAACUUGUUUUUAAAUGUAUAAAAGGAUAUUUAAUUGAGAUAUGUAAUACAGGUUCUUCAUCAUCAACACCUGGUGGUAGUACAAGUCAUAAUACAACAUAUACAAUUAAUUUUAUCCUUCCAAAUAAUUUAUCAAAAACUGUUUAUAGUCAGAUAAUAGAUUUGUUUUCUUCAAUUUUUCAUUUAGUUCCUAGUGUUACAAUUUAA